AUGGGGGAGAAAUCAGAGAACUCCAAGGUGCCAGAAGAUCUGAUCAAUGGAUUGAAGAUUACAGAUCCCCAGGAAUCAGAGUGUACCAGCCCUCUGGUUACUAAUCACAAAGAUGAGCAUUCCCAGAGCGAAUUGGUCAAGGAGGUUCCACCUCUUCCCCAGGAGGACCAGGGAGAAGACGAGUGCUUUCACGAUUGCAGCGACUCAUUUGAGAAGGAAGAGCAAGGAAUAGAUAAGGUUGGGGGCAACACUGAGGAUGUGAAUUCCUCUGAACUAGAUGAAGAAUACCUAAUAGAACUGGAAAAGGAUAUGCCCAGUGAAGAGAAAGAGAAAAGAAGAAAAGAGAGCACAAGACUAAAGGAGGAGGGAAAUGAACAGUUUAAGAAAGGAGAUUAUGUAGAAGCUGAAAGUUCCUAUCGUCGAGCUCUUCAAACGUGCCCAGCCUGCUUCCAAAAAGAGAGGUCUAUUCUGUUUUCAAAUAGAGCUGCAGCAAGAAUGAAGCAGGACAAGAAAGAGAUGGCUCUCAGUGACUGCAGCAAAGCAAUUAAUUUAAACCCCAGCUAUAUCAGGGCAAUAUUAAGAAGAGCAGAGUUGUAUGAGAAGACAGACAAACUGGAUGAAGCCUUAGAAGACUAUAAAUCUGUAUUAGAAAAAGAUCCAUCAGUACAUCAAGCAAGAGAAGCUUGGAAACUAAAAGACCUCGGGAACUUAGUUCUCCGACCUUUUGGACUCUCUACAGAAAAUUUCCAGAUCAAACAAGAUUCCUCUACUGGCUCAUACUCCAUCAAUUUUGUUCAAAAUCCAAAUAAUAACAGAUAA